GGGACUUUGGCCUUUUAUCACCUGAGGCAAGGGGGGAAGCUCCCCUGUGGCUGGGCUUGGUGCUUUCAAAGCUCAGGGUGGUACGGGGACAGCUGAGCGCUGACCACGAGGCAGGAAGAAACUGAAGUGAAAAAGACGUGACUGAAAAAGAACAAUUUGAAGGAACAGAUUCAUUUCUUCACAAGAACAAGUUUGAAUUAAAUGGCUGAUAAACAGAUCAGUCUACCUGCCAAGCUGAUCAAUGGAGGGAUAGCUGGGCUGAUUGGGGUCACCUGUGUAUUUCCCAUUGACCUGGCAAAAACUCGCCUGCAGAACCAGCAGAAUGGCCAGCGGAUGUACACCAGCUUGUCUGACUGCCUCAUUAAAACAAUUCGGUCGGAAGGCUACUUUGGCAUGUACAGAGGGGCUGCAGUGAACCUGACUCUGGUGACCCCAGAAAAGGCUAUCAAACUGGCAGCCAAUGACUUCUUCCGGCAUCACCUCUCCAAAGACGGGAAAAAGCUGACACUGAUGAAGGAGAUGCUGGCGGGCUGUGGCGCAGGUACCUGCCAGGUGAUUGUCACCACUCCCAUGGAGAUGCUCAAAAUCCAGCUGCAGGAUGCAGGACGUAUUGCGGCACAGAAGAAGCUGAUGGCGGCACAGGCCCAACUCUCGUCUUCCCCUGCGGCGGGGCUGGCCGAGCCGGCGGUGGAGACGCGCACCACAGCGACACAGAUAACGAGGGAGCUGCUGCGGAGCAAGGGCAUCGCGGGACUCUACAAGGGCCUGGGGGCCACACUGCUAAGGGAUGUCCCAUUCUCCAUUGUUUACUUCCCACUGUUUGCAAACCUGAACAAGCUGGGCCAGAAAGACCCCAAUGUCAAGGCUCCGUUCUACGUGUCCUUCCUCUCCGGAUGUGUGGCUGGCAGUACGGCUGCAGUGGCUGUCAAUCCUUGUGAUGUGAUCAAAACGCGGCUGCAGUCCCUGCAGAGGGGAGUGAAUGAGGACACCUACUCGGGAAUCCUGGACUGCACCAAGAAGAUCUGGCAGAAGGAAGGGCCCACAGCCUUCUUCAAAGGGGCGUACUGCCGAGCCCUGGUCAUUGCUCCUCUCUUCGGCAUUGCACAAGUUGUCUACUUCAUUGGCAUCGCAGAGUUCCUGUUGGACAUGCUCCCCAAGCCCCGGGCCUAGCCCUGGCCUGCCGGUGUGCCCUCCCGCCCUCUGCAGCGCUGAAUUCAUCCCCGUGUUCACCAUCCGUGUCCAUUGAUGUCAGAGCAACAGCACAAAGGGUUCGCGCAGGGAUGCCGAAGGGACGUGGUCUCCAGAUGAGCAAACAUGGGAGGGAGAGAGUCCCUUCUCUGUCUUGGUCUGGAACCUGUCCCCUCCUGCUCCUUCCACGGACAAUAGUUAAUUAUUCAUAUCUCUUUUUUUUUUUAAUUUCCCUUUUUUUUUUUUUUUUAAAUUGCCAUUCUUAAGGACAAUGGUAAGCACAGACUGGGCUUGCAGACCCAGAAGUCUCCUCUCAGCCUUGGGAAGAAAAGAGAGAGGGGAAAGAAAUAACUUGAACCCUCAUCUACCCCAGUUUCCCUCUUUCUUCCUGGAGCUGCCAGCUAUCUGAGGAGCUGGAGGGGCAGCUGUGUCCCCUCAGCACUUCCAGGGCUCUGCUGACCUUGGGUCAAGAGCGGGCACUGCACAAAAGGGGCCUAUCUCAUUGCUGCUGGAGGCACAGUGGGGGGGUUGCUGGACCUGGCAAGUUCCUUGGCCUGGAAACCUUCACUCCUCCCUUCUCCCUUUUUAAAAACGAGUUGGACUUAAAUGAAUGCUGAUUGUUAAUAUUGA